UGACGCGUAUAAAAAAGAGCAAAGUGUGUGAGGUCCUCAGUUGAUGUAGUGCAUGCGCUGGUUUCAGUACGCUGCUGUGAGCCACAGUCCGGCAGAUGCCCGCUGCGACGCGCAACGCCAGCGCGCGCUCCCGGCAGUGCAACCCCACGCGGGUUCGUCGCUGUCUGCGUAUAUUCUUCGGUCAUCUUUUUUCUAAUCUUGGACUUUUUGCGCUAGUGGUUGGCUAUGUUCUUCUUGGAGCCCUCCUGUUCGAGUUCCUGGAAGCUGGUUACGAACUGGAGCAACGAGGCCACAUUCAGCGCUAUCGCGAGGAUUGUCUCAAGGAGCUCUGGCUUAUCACAGAGCGGCUGAACGUCCUGUACGAGAAGAACUGGACACAUCUGGUGCAUGAGCAGCUGCGAAAGUUCGAGACGGACGUCGUGGAGGCCACCAAGAUGCAGGGGUACGACGGUAAGGAGUUGCUGGACGCCGACCGCCAGUGGUCCUUCAGCGGGGCGCUUCUUUACUCCGUCACCGUGAUCAC